CCCUAUGAUCUACUUAUAAUCUUGCCUUUGCAGUUCUUCUAAGCUCACUCUCUUGUAGUCUUGUUCAUCAAUGGCGGCUACACAAUCCCACCUCUCUCACUACCAAUUCCUCCCCAAAACCCUAGCUCGCCCUCUCAACCAAACCCCAUUUUCCCACCUCCCAUUUCUCUCUCUAAAACCUUCCCUUAAACCCCACCAAACUCUCAGAGCCGUCCUCUCUCAAAACCCCGCCAAAACUUCCCAAACGACGCCGUUCAAGCACUGCUUCACCAAAUCCCCGGAUGGGUUUCUCUUCUGCGAAGGCAUCAAGGUCCAGGACGUCUUGGAUUCCGUCGAGAGACGGCCUUUCUAUCUCUACAGCAAGCCUCAGAUUACCAGAAAUGUUGAGGCCUAUAAGGAGGCUUUGGAAGGUUUGAGCUCCAUUAUUGGGUACGCCAUUAAGGCGAAUAAUAAUCUGAAGAUUUUGGAGCAUUUGAGGAAGCUUGGUUGUGGGGCUGUUCUUGUUAGUGGGAAUGAGCUGAGGUUGGCUCUUCUUGCUGGGUUUGAUCCCACCAGAUGUAUCUUUAAUGGGAAUGGCAAGUUGUUGGAGGAUUUGGUUCUGGCUGCGCAAGAAGGUGUUUUUGUCAAUGUUGAUAGUGAAUUCGACCUUGAAAAUAUUGUAGCUGCUGCAAGAAUUGCUGGGAAGAAGGUUAAUGUCCUACUCCGGAUCAACCCGGAUGUGGACCCUCAGGUUCAUCCUUACGUCGCCACUGGGAAUAAGAACUCCAAAUUUGGUAUUAGAAAUGAGAAGCUGCAAUGGUUUCUUGACGCUGUGAAGGCACACCCUGAAGAGCUGAAACUUGUUGGGGCCCAUUGUCAUCUUGGAUCCACCAUUACUAAGGUGGACAUAUUCAGAGAUGCUGCAGUUCUUAUGGUUAACUAUAUUGACGAAAUUCGGGCUCAAGGUUUUGAAGUUAAUUACUUGAAUAUUGGAGGUGGACUUGGGAUAGAUUAUUAUCAUUCUGGUGCUGUCCUUCCGACACCCAGAGAUCUCAUUAAUACAGUUCGGGAACUGGUUCUUUCAAGAGAUCUUAAUCUCAUCAUUGAACCUGGGAGAUCACUUAUUGCAAAUACUUGCUGCUUGGUUAAUCGGGUUACAGGUGUUAAAACCAAUGGAACCAAAAACUUUAUUGUCAUCGACGGCAGCAUGGCUGAACUAAUCCGUCCUAGCCUUUAUGAUGCUUAUCAGCACAUCGAGCUGGUUGCUCCGCCACUGCCUGAUGCUGAUAUCUCAACUUUUGACGUCGUCGGCCCUGUCUGCGAGUCUGCUGAUUUCUUGGGGAAGGAAAGACAACUUGCAUCUCCGGCCAAGGGGGCUGGUUUGGUUGUUCAUGAUGCGGGUGCUUACUGCAUGAGCAUGGCUUCAACUUAUAACCUCAAGAUGCGUCCUCCAGAAUACUGGGUUGAAGAAGACGGAUCACUGGCCAAAAUCCGACAUGGGGAGAAUUUCGAAGAUCAUGUUCGUUUUUUUGAGGGUCUUUGAUUUCUUAUUGUUCUAACUUUCAUUUGAUGUAUGAUUUGCAUUCCUUCGCAUGUUGUAUCUGGAUAUCAAGUUGACUUCUUAUUGUGACUGGAGAACAACAUUUUUUUUUUCUUUUGAGAAGAACGAUGAAGAGUUUUUUGCCCCA